AGCACAGCUGCGAAAACACAGCUAGGCUACAGUGUGGGUAGCUCAGCUGUUAUCAUCAUUCUGAUUGUAAACUGUUGUUUGAACACCAAAAAACAGGAAAACCUAUUUGGGUGUGACUCGUAGUAAAACGUACAAGUGAGCGGAGCUCUGUGUAACGUGCAGAAUGAGCUGCCCACCUUGGCCCGAAGGAAAGAAACUGGUUCACCUGGACUUAAAAGGUGCCCCUCCACGGGUUGAAUAUCUUCACAGGCUGAUCGAGCUCUUCUCUGAGCUGGACGUGGACGGCCUGCUGGUGGAGUAUGAGGACAUGUUUCCUUAUGAGGGGGAGCUGAAGCUGCUGCAGGCCACAGCACAGCCUGCUUACAGCCGAGAUGAAGUUUUGUCCAUGCAGGAAUUUGCCAGAUCCAAGGGCAUGGAGGUGAUCCCGCUUGUGCAGACAUUUGGCCACAUGGAGUUUGUGUUAAAGCAUCGAUCUCUGGGGCACCUGCGAGAGGUGGCACACUGCGUGGGAACCCUGAACCCUCAUAAAGAGGAGGGGGUGAAGCUGGUGAUGGAGAUGCUGAGGCAGGUAGUGGAGCUGCAUCCCGGGCUCACCACGCUGCACAUUGGAGCAGAUGAGGUGUACAUGCUGGGUGAGGGUGAGGAGUCCAAGCUGUGGCUGGCUUCACCUGGACGUACACUGGAGCAACUGUUCCUAAGUCACGUGAUCAAGGUGGCCAGGGCUGUCAAGGAGGCGUGGCCUCACCUGACCAUCAUAAUGUGGGAUGACAUGAUGAGAGACAUGAGCCUGGACACACUGAAAGCCAGCGGUCUAGUAGGACUGGUCCAGCCCAUGUUGUGGGACUACACCCCUAACCUGGAUGUGAACAAAACUGUGUCUCUGCUUGAGAAGUACUGUAGUUCUGGUAUGUCAGAUCUCUGGGCCGCCAGCUCCUUUAAAGGCUCCACCAGUGUUUACACCUGUGUGACCAGCACGCAGAGACACCUGGAUAACCAUAUGCAGUGGCUGAAGGUGGCUGCUGCUUUGUCUCCUGGUGUAAACUUGAAGGGUAUUGCCAUCACAGGCUGGCAAAGGUACGAUCAUCUGUCAGUGCUGUGUGAGCUGAUCCCAGUGGCUAUUCCAUCACUAACAGUCUGCCUCCAGACGCUCCUUCACGGGCAGUUCAGUGCUGAGGCCCACAGAAAAGUAACCGGGAAGCUGGGGAUCUCCUCAGUGGAGGUGGAGGCCAUGGAGAGGACAUAUGUAGCUGACACCGUGUUCCCAGGAAGGAGGCUGGCUGAGUUCAUCGUGGAGCUCAAUUCACUCCUCAAUUCAGAGGAAAUAAGAUUUUUUGAAAGCAGCAUGUUUGUUAGAGGAUGGUUCAGCCCCUACCACAGGCAGAGACACACUGUAACCCCGCUGAUCACCAUGCAGAUUCACAACCAAGCAACAGUGUAUUUGGCUGCAUUACAGCAGAAAGUCGAAGCAGUGAGAGAGGAGAUGGCGAAACUCUACCCAGAUUCAACAGUGCAGGAGUGGAUAGAGGAACACGUCAGCCCUGUAACGGCGCCUCUGCAGAGGAUAACAGAGGAUAUUGUGGCCUGUUUGAAGGAGAUGGUGCCAUCGAAUCAUUUACUUAUCUCACAUUAAAUCAAAUACUGGCUUCUUCAUUUCUGCCACAAAGGGGUGAUUUUAUUUUAUAUAUAUAUAUAUAUAUAUAAUGAUUUUGCACUUAUCUGAGAGUAAACUAGUGCAUAUAGAUUGAGGUAAGUGUAGCAAAGAGAGGAAGAAGUAUCAUUGAUGUUC